AUGGCUAUCACCAAGAAGGAAGAAAACCGCCAGGCAUUCUUGGAUGUCUUCAAGGUCCUCAAGGCUGACAUUCUUAACGAGCUCCGCAAGAACAACAUGCCCGAGGACGCUUACAAGUGGACUGAAGAGAAUCUCGAGUAUAACGUUCCUGGUGGCAAGCUUAACCGCGGUUUGUCUGUUGUCGACACCCUUCGUAUUCUCAAGGGUGACUCUAUUACUGAGGAAGAGAUCUUCAACGCCUCUAUUCUUGGUUGGUUGGUUGAGCUUCUCCAAGCUUUCUUCUUGGUGUCGGAUGAUAUGAUGGACGCCUCAAUUACUCGUCGCGGUCAGCCCUGUUGGUACCGCAAGAAUGGUGUUGGACUAAUUGCUAUCAAUGAUUCCUUUAUCCUUGAAGGUGCCAUCUACGUCUUGUUGAAGAAGUACUUUAAGAAGUUCGACUACUACGUUGACCUUCUCGAACUCUUCCACGAGGUAUCUUUCCAGACUGAGCUUGGACAACUCUGCGAUCUUAUUACUGCCCCUGAAGAUAAUGUUGAUCUCAGCAAGUUCUCUAUUGCAAAGCACAAGUUCAUUGUUAUCUACAAGACUGCAUUCUACUCCUUCUAUCUUCCCGUUGCUCUGGCCAUGCACAUGGCUGGUGUUAAGAAUGAAGAGGCCUACAACAAGUCUAGAGAUAUCUUGAUUCCUCUUGGAGAAUACUUCCAGAUUCAGGAUGAUUAUCUUGAUUGCUACGGUGCCCCUGAAGUUAUUGGCAAGAUUGGCACUGAUAUUAUGGACAACAAGUGUUCUUGGUUGAUCAACCAGGCUCUGUUCAAGGCUAACCCCGAACAACGUGCUGUAUUAGAGGCCAACUACGGACAAAAGAAUUCCGAGUCAGAGGCCAAGGUUAAAAAGGUCUUUUUGGACUUGGGAAUUGAAAAGAUUUACAAGGAUUAUGAGGAAAAAUCCCACAAGGAACUCUCUGAUUUAAUUAGCCAGUUGGAUGAGAGUGUUGGCGUUAAGAAGGCCGUAUUCAUUGAAUUCAUGGAUAAGAUUUACAAGCGUACAAAAUAA